UAAACACAAACCCUGGAUUGAGACGUCGUACCAUGGAAUCAUAACUGAAAACAACGACACUGUGAUUUUGGACCCCCCCCUAGUUGCUUUGGAUAAAGAUGCACCUGUACCCUUUGCAGGUGAAAUUUGUGCUUUUAAAAUCCAUGGGCAAGAGAUGCCCUUCGAGGCCGUUGUGCUGAACAAGACAUCUGGAGAAGGUCUGCUUCGAGCAAAGAGUCCCAUUGACUGUGAGCUGCAGAAAGAAUACACAUUCAUCAUCCAGGCCUAUGACUGUGGAUCAGGACCAAGUGGAACAAACUGGAAGAAAUCUCACAAGGCAGUAGUCCAUAUCCAGGUAAAGGAUGUCAAUGAGUUCUCCCCAGCAUUCAAGGAGAGCAUAUACAAGGCCUCAGUGACAGAGGGGAAGAUCUACGACAGCAUCCUGCAGGUGGAAGCCACAGACGAGGACUGCUCCCCCCAGUACAGUCAGAUCUGCAACUAUGAGAUUGUCACCACAGGUGUUCCCUUUGCCAUCGACAGGAACGGUAACAUCAGGAACACUGAGAAACUGAGCUAUGAUAAACAGCACCAGUAUGAGAUAAUGGUCACAGCUUUUGACUGUGGGCAAAAGCAUGCAACAGAAGAUGUCUUGGUACGAGUUAAUGUCAAACCUGUGUGCAAACCAGGCUGGGAAGACUGGAACAAACGGAUUGAAUACAGGCCUGGCUCUGGCAGCAUUCCCUUGUUUCCCAGCAUCCACCUGGAAACAUGUGAUGGACCAGUGUCCUCAAUCCACACCACCAUUGAACUGCAGACCAGUUACAUCAGGAAGGGCUGUGAUCGUGAAACCUACUCUGAAAAAUCUCUGCAGAAAUUAUGUGGAGCUUCCUCAGGUGCCAUUGACCUGUUACCAUCUCCCAGUACAACAACCAACUGGACAGCUGGGCUCCUCAUGGAUAGCAAUGACAUGAUUUUUAAAUUUGAUGGAAAGCAAGGAGCCAAAAUCCCAGAUGGAAUAGUCCCAAAAAAUUUAACUGAUCAAUUCACCAUCACUCUGUGGAUGAAACAUGGACCUAGUCCUGGAUUAAGAGCUGAGAAGGAGACUAUUCUCUGCAACUCUGACAAGACAGAGAUGAACCGGCACCACUAUGCGCUCUACGUGCACAACUGCCGCCUUGUGUUCCUGCUGCGCAAGGACUUCGACCAGGCCGACACCUUCCGCCCCGCCGAGUUCCACUGGAAGCUUGACCAGAUCUGUGACAAGGAGUGGCACUACUAUGUGGUCAACGUGGAGUUCCCUGUGGUGACGCUGUACAUGGAUGGGACAACGUACGAGCCGUACCUGGUGACCAACGACUGGCCCAUCCACCCCUCCCACAUCGCCAUGCAGCUCACAGUGGGGGCUUGCUGGCAAGGAGGUGAAGUCACCAAGCCCAGGUUUGCUCAGUAUUUCCAUGGCAGCCUGGCCAGUCUGACAAUACGGCCAGGGAAAAUUGAGAGUCAGAAAGUGAUUUCCUGUUUGCAGGCCUGCAAGGAAGGUCUCGAUAUUAAUUCUCUUGAGAGUCUUGGCCAAGGAAUAAAGUAUCACUUCAACCCUUCCCAGUCAGUCCUUGUCAUGGAAGGAGAUGACAUUGAGAAUAUAAAUCAAGCCCUACAAAAGGUCUCAUACAUCAACUCCAGACAGUUUCCUACUGCAGGCGUACGACGUCUCAAAGUUUCAUCUGAAGUCCAAUGUUUUGGUGAAGAUGUCUGCAUUAGUAUCCCAGAUAUAGAUGCCUAUGUAAUGGUAUUUCAGGCCAAUGAGCCCAAGAUUACCAUAACUGGGAUGGACCACUUUGCUAGACCAGCUGCACAGUUUGAAAGUGAAAGAGGUGUUAUUUUGUUACCUGACAUCAGGAUUGUCAGCACAGUCACUAAAAUGGAGCAUUCAGUGGACUUAAGAGAACAUGACAGAGCCAAUAAACAAGUGAUAGUAGAGGAAAUGCUCCACAACUUGGAUUUCUGUGAUGUUCUGGUCAUUGGUGCAGAACUAGACCCUGAACAAGAGUGUUUAGAACUAGAUAAUGGCGAGCUUCAAGGAAAACAUCUAGAUGCCACAAAUUCCACUGCAGGAUAUUCAAUCUAUGGUGUGGACAGCAUGUUCAGCUACGAGCAGGUGCUGCGGCAGCUCCGCUACCGCAACUGGGGCACCUCGUCCACCUCGGACAGGAAGUUCAGGGUCAAGUGCUCCGAGCUCAAUGGGCGUUACACCAGCAAUGAAUUCAACCUGGAGGUGAGCAAGGAGUUCAGCUUGGAGGUUAAUAUUCUACACAGCUCCAACUCAAACUUCAUGGACCAUGUAAAUCACAUGAUAUUCCAGCCUAAAUUUCUCCAAUCUGUUCAGCACCCUGAGGGGAGUGUAAGUGCAGUUCACAGCUCAGUGGUUCCCAGCGUGGCCACGAUUGUUAUCAUCAUCUGUGUGAGCAUCCUGGUGUUGGUAGUAAUGCUGGGUGUGCUCCGGCUGCGCUCCGCCCGUCAGCACAGCUCCCUGGGAGGGCACCAGGGCACCAAGGACAACGAGAUGGACUGGGAUGACUCUGCCCUCACCAUCACCGUCAACCCUAUGGAGAAAUAUGAAAAGCCACACCCGACAGAAGAGGAGAGUGGGGAAGAAGACAUAGACGAUGAAGAGGAAGACACAACCAGUGCUGAAUCAGAUGAUAGUGAGGAGGAGGAAGAGGAGGAAGAAGUGAUUGUCCAGAGGGAAGACAAACAGAAUGCCACUAGGCAAGAGCAGUUGGAGUGGGAUGAUUCAACUCUCCCCUACUAACAAACAGCCCUUCAGCCACAGCUCUUUUGUAAAAACCAAUACAAUGUUUUUUCAGAGCCUAUGAAUUCAUUGACAGGAUUUGAACUUCUGCUUGCCUAUAACUGUUUUGCCUAAAAUGAUCUUGUUGUAGUAAUUGAUAACAAUAGAACUGACCCUUUUCUUAAAAAGCCUGGAGAAAAGGUGGUCCAAACCUCCUGGUACACGCAGUAAUAAAGUAAUCCAGAACUUGAUCCGUUAGCGAGUGUAGUUCUCAAUUUCCUGUUUCUACCCUGCAGAUGUGUGACAAAAGUCCUGUCACUCAAUCCAUACAAGUUUUUGCCUUUGCUACUUUUUUCACACAGGAGAGAUUUCAGCUUGUUAUGUAGAAUAACUUCUGUGGGUCCAAAUACCAGUUGCCAUAUAACUUCACAUUUUUACAGGUGUAAAAAAACAUAAUCCACCUUCAAAUAGAGGCAGGGGCUACAGGGGCUAAAUUAGUGCUACAGGGGCUAAAUUCCAUCUGUCAUCUUGUCCUGCCUUUUGGAUGUUAAUUGUCUUCUGCAAGGGAAUAUCCAGGACUUGACAGGGGAUGCAUGUGUGCUUAUGUAGACGUGGAUGGUGUAUUUUUUCAGGCAUGCUGUCAGAUCCUCAAGACAGAGAUUUUUAUCCAAUCUACCAAUAGAAAUUAAAAAUGAGUUUAAGAAAAACAGCAACAAGAAAGGGCUGCUGAUGGUUAUCAAAAAAAAAACCCCAGUCUCUGUCCACAGAUUGAGUAAUAUGGUUUCAUGCAAACUGUAAAUUCUAAUGGGAUUGAUUCACUGAAAAUCUGUAGAGCUGCUCAUUAGUUAUGGAUUGAGCAAUUUGCAGCAAAUCAAUGCUUUAAACUGUCUCGUGGAACCAUUAGCUUGCUGCAGCAUCUUACUGAACUAGUAGAAAAUAAGUGACCACAUUAUUCCAUAGCUAUGUAUAGCUGGGAUUUAAACAAUUAUUUUAGAUGAGGAAAACGUUCCCUUAUGCUGAGUGAAUGCCAGCCGGAAUUCCUGGCUGCUUAUUCUAUAAAAACAUGAUGCUCUAUUUCUUCUGUACCCCUGACUGCCUGUAGUGCACAAGAGAAAGGAAAAACACUGUGAGCCCUCUUCUGUGCUCAUAAUUCUCUCUUAUUUCUUCUGCCUGAAGCCAUUAAUGUUGAGAGAAAGUUUUAUAAAGUAGACAAGGAAAAAUAAAACCUACUUGGAACCAAAAUAGUUGAAAAAAAACCCCUAAAAUCUUAAGAGGCUGAGAGAGUAUUUUAGUUUGUUAUGGUAACACAGCAUAUUUUUCUUAAACACAGUUUAAAAAGAAAAAAAAAAGAAAAAGAAAAAGCAGAGCUACAUAUACAAUGUGUUGAUUAGUCUGUGUGGUGUGUUUUUGGUCCCCUUUUCCUUAAGUACCUUUCAACUGCUCUGCUUACCAAAUGCUGCAGCACUUGCUGGGAUAGCUGCUCCAAUGCACAGAAACAAAAUGGCAUGGAAGUGAAUGCUGCUUAAUGGCUUGUCUGGGUUAUUUUCCUGAGUACUUUGUUUUCUUUGCAAUUUCAUCUUCAAUUUUUGCUUUUGUAAGCUGCUGUUUGAAAUGAGCUGCUUCCACUCUCCCAGUCUUGCCACAACAGGACCUUCCUGAGCACCCUGGUGGCUGAUGUUGCAAAGGGUACUUGGAGCAAUCUUGAGGGUACCCACCUCCCUCAAUACUGAGUUAUUACCAGCUCCUGAAUGUCGUGGGAUAUAGGGAAUAGAUAGGGUGCUUGGGGGUUCUUGUAAUUCCAGUUUCUGCAUUUGGUAGCUAAAAGGAAAUACUGACAGCAACUAGGCCCUUUAGUUGAAUAUCUAGAAAGUAAAUGAAAGAAAAAUCUAUAAUACUUUUAAAAUAGAGAUAUUCAUGUGUUUAUUUGUUGUGCCAGCAAUCGCGUUGUCACAUGGUUGUUAAGACUGGCAGUACAGCAGUUUUCUUUUGUUAUCAAUCCUGUUUCACUUUAUUCUCUCACACAUAUUAGAAGAAUAUUUGCAAAAUCAAGGCAACGUAAGUAUAUCUUAUCUGCAGGAAUAACAACUGUAAAAAUGUACACAAUUUCUUUUUAAUACAAAAUUAAUAUUAAUAUUUCUGAUUAUCUUGAACAAAAUGUUAUGUUAGAUCAGAUCCUACCAUCCUAGUAUCCUAGAUAAUUUCCCAGUUUUAAUUUUUUUAAUGACAUGAAGCAGGCUCUUCAUGAUGCUUGUUAUCAGCACAUAUCAGCAAAUCUUACUGCUCAGAAAAAAAAUUUCAAAAUUAAAUGUAGAUAUUUAAAAGUCAAUUUCAGAUUUAAAACUGGACUUAAAGUAUUUUAAAGUUUCUCUUAUUCCUGAUUAUUAUUAAUAUUAUUAUUGUUGUUGUUGUUGUUGUUGUUAUCAUAGCAAACAUUAGUGCAACUUGAAAACAGCAAUUUACAACCUUAUUGACAGCCUUUAAUUCUUUUAUAUGUUUGUGAAUUCAUCAGUGUGUUUCUCCAUCUAAUAGACUUAUCAUUUUGCUACUGGAAGCAGAUCUUUUCAGGUUCUACUCGAACAUUACACAAAAAGGAAACAAAGUAUUUUCUCUACUGUAAAUAAACCUACAUUUUUAAACCUAAGCAAAGUCAUACAGGCAUGUGUGUUAUCACUAAAACUUGGUUUGCAGUAAGAUACUCAGCAAACUCAAAUGUAUCACUGUACUUAGAUUACUCAUUGGAGUGCAUUAUGCAGCAUUUUUCAUUCAAAUAAAUAGAAACAUUCUUUUCACAGAAUGGCAGUGAGAAUGAGGUACUUCUUCACAAAAUGGGCCCUGGAAUAUUUGUAUAGCACUCAAAGCAGUGGUUUCCUGAGCAAAACUACUACUAGAAAAUCACAGAAAUACCAAUUUUUCUAAAACAAUUCUAACAAUAUUGCCUCCCCUCCAGAAAUUAUUUUUUUUAUAUAACCUACUUGCUUAAAAACCAACCAGAACAUAUACCCACAUAUAUAUAUAUAACAACACACAUGUGGGGGGUUUUUGCUCUUAAUCAAAAGCCAAAGUUGUCUCCUUUUCUCCCUGAAAAAAAGUGUUUAGAAUUGUAAAACCAUUCAGGUUGCAAAAGAAAUAUAAGAUCAUUGAGCACUUCCAAGCCCACUCCUAACACGUCUCCAGGUUCCUGAUUCACAUGUCUUGGAAUUCCCCCAGGGAUGGUGAAUAUGCCCUGCCUUGGACUGCCUCUUCCAAUACCUGACCAUCCUUUCAAUGAGGAUAUUUUCUCCAAUCUUCAGUUUAAACCUCCUCAGCACACUUCAAGGCUGUUUGCCCUUGUCCUAUCAGUUGUUACUUGAGAGAAGAAACCAACCCCGGCUGGCUGCAGACUCCUCUCAGGGAACCGGAGAGAGUGAAAAGGCCCAUCCUGAGCCUCCAUUUCUGCAGGCUGAGCCCCACCAGCUCCCUCAGCUGCUCCUCAUCAGCCUGGUGCUCCAACCCUUCCCCAGCUCUGUUCUCUUCCAAGGACUCACUGCAGCCCCUCAGGGUCUGUCUUGUGGUGAGGUAGCUUUUUCUACACUAGCAAUAAACAAGUGUAUCCAAAGAAAGCAAUUCUGAAGAGGUAUCCACAAUCCAUGACAUCAGGAAUCCAGAUGUGACAACAGAGGUCUAAAAUGACAUCACAUCAAUGGUCCCUUAAAUUUUUGGAGGCUGGGAAAAGCUGUAAAACCUACAAAUGCAAAUUAAAGAUGUUAUCUGAAUUAAUAUAACUCCCUAAGUGGCUAUUUGUGAUUAAUAGCUCCCAUUUCUCUUUAAUUUCUACCCCCUCCAUAGGUGUUUUAUCUUUGCAAGUAAACCUUAAAAUGCACAGUUCCGAUUUAUAUCAAUAUUUACUGAACUGGCUGGCACAUCUAGAAAUAGACGUAGGGUUUGUGACAUCUUUAAUACUAAUUAAAAUAAACGGUUGCUAUUUUUUCAUUCCAACAGGUAAUACCUUGCAGUGGUGGUGGGACUGCUUUUUACCUCACCAGAGGCUAAUGGCAGGGAGCAGUUUACUUUUCUGUCUGGUGUGUGGUGGUGCUGAGCUUGCUGAGCACCAUCCUUCCUCCUUUCUGGAACAAUGUAAGGCUCAGAAAGGAUCAGAGAGUUCUAAAUUUCGUUUUGUGAUUGAAAUCCACUGUCUCCAUUGCAGGAGCUGUCCCUGCCUGAUCCUAAACUGAAAAUAAUGCCAUGGGAAGUCUGUACCCCAGGUGAAGGAUGGGCAGAGGGUAGCCCAGUAGCAGUAGCAGCCCUUACUUCACUGUGGCAAAGCCUUUGAGCUUUGAUAAAAUAUAAAUAAUAAAUAAUUUUUGUCUCAGCUGUCCCUUUCACCAGCUGUAGCCUCAGAGGCAGCUUUUCUUGCCUCCCUGGUAGGGCUCCUAGUGCACUGGGACCCAACACUUCCUCUUCUCAAAGUUUUGAUGCCAGCACACACAGCUCUGCACAGAACAGCACCAGGAAAGACUUUACUGGGGUGACAGCAGGUAAAGGUCUGGUGGGAUGGAGCUGUUCCCAGUAUCAUGGAUUAGAAAUUAUAAUAUCAAAAUUAAGGAUGUCUGCAAAAACAUAUGGAUACUGAGAGAGGGAGAGGAAACAAAACUGAGUCCGUCUCCUCUAAGGGGCUUCCCCUUCCCUUAAUUCACACAUGCUGACCAGAAUAAGUAUCUCAAAACUAGGAUAUCCUCAGUCUCAGGGUGGAUAUCUGGUUUUAUCAGGUUCUGCCUUAAGAAUUUCUUUCUGCCUUUAAGCAACUGCUUAAAGUAGUUCUACACCAAGUGAGUAAAUCUAAGGAGAUAGGAGAAAAAAACCCAAAUGACAAAACAUAAAUAUCAAAAAGAUUGCUGAAGAAAUCAAACCACCUUCUAAGUCACUAAAUUAAUUCCUGCUGGUUGUACAUAAUCCUGUGCUAUAUAAUCUUCCUCAUGCUCCAGCAUCACUAAUGGCAUUAGGUUUUCCCUCGCAGCACAGCAGAGGAAGCUGCCAGGUCUUGCUCCUGCAGGGCCUCGCUGCCCCCAGAGCCUGCAGAGCUCACAGCAUUCCAGAUCCACUGCAAAAAGCCAUGGCAACAGCAGCCAGCCCAUCCCUUUCAGACCUUGGUGUUCCCAAAGAAACCCACACUCCCAUACACCACACCAUCACACUUUGUAAUAUUUUCUGCAGUAUCCAGAAGCUGUGGUCCUGUACAGUCUUUGUACAUUGGGGUCAAAUGAUUUUUUUUAAAAUAAAGAAAGGCCUAACAAGCAAUGUGGGAGAAGUGAUGCAAACUGAAAUGGAUCAGGUUCCAUAAAGUUGCAUGUCUCAGAUUGUGUAUCCAAUGAUCAGGCUUCUGUUUGCUGGACUCUCCUGGAAUCCAACUUCAUUUCUGUUAGCAAAGAGAAUAAAGAUACAAAGAAUGGAGAUAACCACUAAAGCUACAGCAGAAGAAAAUUCAUGCUCUCUUAACACACCCAAUCUCAAGAAAUAUUUCUGCUAAAUAUAUUAGGAGACUUGCUCCAGUGAUAUCUCAUAAAGUAAUAUAAUUUUUCAUAAAUUCAUAAAAUCAUAAAUUGUUCAUAAAUUGUUCAUAAAUUCAUCACCUUUGUAGGAUUAAAAAGCCUAGUAUGUUCUUUUUGGUUUUGGUUUUCUCUGAAAAAGACAUGGUCAUAAAUUAAAAAUACACAAACCUGAACAGUGCACAAACUGAAAGGGGAGCAAGGGCUUUAAUUUCAUAAGCCUCUAAGAUAGGGGUUUACAGUAAUAAAUAACUGUAGCCUUCAUUUUUGAAAUGUUGCAGAAUAAAAUGAACCCAGGAAGUUUUGUAUGUUCAUAACCUUAUUUCUGGUGAUGAGAAGGCAGGCACCAGAGCAGGUACCCUUUUCCCUAGAGACAUUUUGCUGCCUUUGGAGUAGGUAUUGCCAGCAGUUUGCUCGUUAUGGUUUCCAUGUCUCUGCUGGCAACAGGAACAGUGCUGCUAGCAUCCUUUGGAACAGCUCUGUCAAAGAGCCUGGUGGUGAGACAUAAUUUAGUAAUUCUCCUGCAGCUCUGCUCUCAGCCCUCCAAGAUGGAGCACGCCAAACACAUGCAGAGGGAAAGACACAAUGGUUACAGCAGAGAGCUCUGGGCUGGUGAUUCAUUAGUUACUGCCUAUAAAGAAACACACUCAGCAGCGUGAAGCACUGCAAAUGUGUGAAACAAAGUUCAGGAGAAGCCCUCAUUCUUAUUUUCAGUACUAGCUCAUGGGGAAAUUGUGCAUUCAUCAGCUGUUGAAGCUCCAUGCCCGUGUAUUGUCACUAUUUAUGUCUGUGCUGAGAACAAAGAAGCAGCAGAAAUUUUUUUCCCAGUUAAGUACAUUGUACAAUAAAAGAGUUCAGCUUUCCCUGGGCAAAGUGCACAAAGCUUGCCAAAUGCAAAGAGAAGCUGUCUCCAAAUAGGGAACAAAGAUUUUACAAUGGUAUUCCAUCCUUGUACUUCAGACGCUCAGAAAAUUUCAUGGGAGUAAAAUGCUUUUCUGCAGCCUUACCUAUUCCUUUUGUAUAAAUCUGGAUACAGUUUUGGAGUUUCAGAGGCAUUUCACUUCCCAUCUGGGUAUAAACUUCCCAGCUUUCAGGUGUCCUUUGGUGUACUAACCCAUAAAACUAUUUUUGGUUGAAGGUUUCAGGAUAUACUAAGGCGGGGGGGGUGGGGGGGAAGCAAAAGGUUAUUAAAAUUACAAUGUCUUUUUUUCUACUCCUGCCUCCCCUAAAUAUAUAAACAGGUACGAAAGAAUUGAUCAGAUAACCCUGACCAAGUCUGUGACUACAAUGACAUUUCAAACCAGUACUGAAAUUGGCAAUAAAUUUUUGUCUACAAACUGCUUAAUGUGCAGUAGAGGAGAAGGUGGACAGUUGUUUUAACUGGGCCUGCUCUUUAGAAUGUGGAAUGGAUGAACUACAGUCAGUUCCAUUAGAAAAUCAAAUUAUUAUUUAAGGAAGAGUGAACAGGAAAGUAGAAGAGAAUACUGCAUGAAUAACAGAGUUAAGGUUUACAGUGAUGUGAAAAAAGUUGAAAUUUGAUCUUGUAGAAAAGAAAGAGACAUAAAAGCAUCAGUGUCAAAUAGUCAGAAAAUGGAAACAUUUUGCAUUUCCGUGCCAGAACUGACACUGUCACGAUGAGCAGGAAAGAGAAUGAAUGUAGGAUGUCGAAGGGUUCCAGGAUGACCAGACACAGAUGCAAAUGCCAUCACCUCCCAGGUGCCCAUGGGGAGGUGAUGGCUGUGGUGAUGAAGGAGAACUUGCAGGGUUUUAGCCUGGUUGAUGCUGAAGUUGCCUUCUUGAAUUCCAGUUACAGCACCUCCAGCAGCGCUGGGAAGGGAGCAGGGCCAUGAGAGGUGUUGCUACACUGUCUGUGCAUUAAGUAGAAAAAUGUAGAGCCAAGGCCAGCCCGGGGGCUGGGGCAGACAUUCUGUCUGCUAUAACUGGAGUCUGAGGUUACAGUUACCACACAGUUUAUUUGAGGAAAGAAAUGGAGCUUUUGCCCACAGACAGUUGUUGAUUAGUUUUAGAGAUUUUCUGCAACAAACAUACUCCAUGGGUUGAGGAGGAGCUGGCGAUACCCAAGGCAGACUAUAUUCCAUAUCGAAAAGGCCCUCAAGUAAACUCUUCAUAGUGAUCCAAUCUCCUAAGUGGCCAUACCAUUAGGAAUUCUGAUUUUUGAAAAUAUGCAUAUUAGAAAACUUUAUAAGGAUAACAACCAUCCCUGUGCCACUCUGAGAGCAGAGGUUAUUACCUCCAUUCUCAGCAUCAACUACUGGCACAUGUAUUUUUGGCCACUCCACAAACUGAUGUAAAAGUGUGAGGUACAUCUGAAAAGAGAUGGGGUUUUUGUAUGUAUUCUGUUCCAAAUACUGCACCAUCAGUUGAGUAAAUUUUUGAUUGUGGUUAACAGGCAAUUUUGUUCAAAAGGUCAUCAUGACAGGGAUGGGAAGAUAGACACCAGAGUGGAUUAUUGCUUUGCAGGGUAAUACAUGCUGUGGGUGGGCUUCCUGAGAACUGUUUCAUAUCAACUUCAGUGUUUCGAAGUUUAUAGUAGACUUAUCAAAUCCUAGAAAUAAAGAUUAGUAGACAAAAGGAAAAAAGUAGUGCAAGUAGAGUAUUAUGCUAACAGUGCAGAACUAUUUCCUAGAAUAUAUUUUUUAGUGUUAGAGGUGGGGGUCCUUCAACCUACUUAAAUGUUUCUAAGCCUGGGGCUUCUACUGCUUCCCCUGGGAGAUUGUUCUAGAGUCUAUUAGAAUUCACCAUUAGAAAACUUUUCCUGAAAAUUAAUUCAAAUAAUCCUUUUUGUAAUUUUUAUCUCAUUAGUCCUAGUUAUACCCUUUUGCACCUCUCUAAAUAGUUCCUCUAACUAUGAUUUAUAUGAUUUAUAUCCUUUGAAUAUUUUUAGAUAGUUAUCAAGUUCAUUGCCUUUGGUAAUUUACUAGAGAAGCUGUGAAUCCCUCCUCAUCCCAAUUCAUUCCUUCAGUUUUGUAUUUCUUACCUUUUCAUGAAAUAUCCUUAAUGCACAAACUAAAUCCCCUAGUAUUUCCUUAAAUGAGUCACGGUCAGUUCACUCUGUUAAGAUGCUCUGUGUUGCUGGUGUCACUGCAUAAGUUGUUAAAGUUUAAACAAUAAAUUAAAUUGAAACUUGAUUUUUAAAAAAA